AUUUAAAAUAUUCAAGAUGGCUGAUCAAAAUUAACGUAAUGUAUUAGAAGCUAAAUACAUCAAACUUUUAAAGGAAGUUGAAGAUAAGGAAAGACAUGUGAAAGAAUUGAGAGCAUAAACAAAAUAAAGGAAAAUUGAGUUUGAAAGGUUUGAAGAUAAUAUCAAAAGUUUGAAUAUAAGAGGUCAAGCAGUUGGAGAAAUAUUAAUGAAAAUAAGUGAUGAAAAAUAUAUUUCAAAAUUGAAUAGUGGACCUAGAUAUGUAGUGGGUGCCAAACCUAAGCUAGAUAGGGAGAAAUUAGUAGUAGGAACAAGAAUAGCACUUGACUAAGAAACAUAUACAAUAGUUAGAAUAUUGCCAAGAGAAGUGGAUCCAUAAGUUUUCCAUAUGGCUCACGAAGACCCAGGAAAGGUUAAAUUUGAUGAAAUUGGUGGUUUAAAUGAUCAGCUUCGUGUUUUAAGAGAAACAAUUGAAUUACCCAUAACCAAUCCUGAAUUAUUCAAGAGAGUAGGUGUGAAACCACCUAAAGGAUGUUUAAUGUAUGGUCCUCCAGGUACUGGUAAGACCUUGAUUGCAAGAGCUUUGGCUUGCAAUGUCUAAGCGAAAUUUUUGAAAAUUGUUGCUUCGAGUAUUGUAGAUAAGUACAUUGGAGAGAGUGCUAGAGUGAUAAGAGAAAUGUUUACAUAUGCUAAGGAGAAUUAGCCUUGCAUUAUUUUUAUGGACGAAAUUGAUGCCAUUGGAGGAAGAAGGUUUAGUGAUGGUACAUCUGCAGAUAGAGAGAUACAAAGAACUCUUAUGGAAUUGUUAAAUCAAUUGGAUGGUUUCGAUGAUUUGGGUAAGGUCAAAGUGGUCAUGGCUACCAAUAGACCAGACAUUUUGGAUCCAGCCCUUUUAAGACCUGGUAGAUUAGAUAGAAAGGUGGAGAUCCCAUUGCCUAAUGAAUAAGCCAGAUACGAUAUUUUGAAGAUCCAUUCAAGAACUAUUACAACCAAAGGAGAAGUGGAUUUUGAAUAGUUAGCAAAAUUGUGUGAAGAAUUUAAUGGAGCUGAUUUAAGAAAUGUUUGUACCGAAGCAGGUAUGUUUGCCAUUAGAGCAGAUAGAGAUUAUGUUAUUGAGGAGGAUUAUUUCAAAGCAGGAAGAAAAAUUAAAGAGGCCAAAAAAUUAGAAUCUAAACUAGAGUAUUAAAAGGUUUGA